CGGCUCAGCUGUGUUGGCAGCUGAAUGCGAUACCCUACACCAAGAUGGCUGCCGGAGCUGAGCUGCAGGUGGAGGGGACAGAUCGAGUGUAAUGGGAGCAGAGUCCGGAGCAUGAAAUAAUCGCGAGGACCCCGGGCCCCAGUGCCCAUCAGACACCAUGUGGAACUGGUAUUCUGGGGAUGAAUCCCCCUCCCCUGCAGGGGCCUCCAACAAUCAGAGUGCUGGCAUCAUGUCAGUGGCAGAUCUGACGGAACGGCUGGCACACACACAGCAGCUGGUGGCACAGCUGAAGGAUCUGAUCAGGGAGAAAGAAGAUGACCUGCGCAAGAAGGAACAAGAGCUGAAGGAAGAAAAGGAAUCUUCAGAAUCUAAGAUCUCUAAAGCAAAACUCCAGAACAAGGCCAAGAUUGCGUCACUGACUUCCCAGUUGGAAGAGCUGAAGAAGCAGCUCACGUCGUCCGGAGCACAAGUCAAAAAAGUUGAGAAGAGGAAGGGCGCUGGCGACGGAGACCAGGAGAUUGCUUCUGCCAAUAGAGGGAAAAUUCUUGUAUUGAGGAAACGAGUGGAAGAGUUAGAGUCUCAGUUGUCGCUGAAAAAUGAAGAACUCCAGAAAAAGGGGAUGGAGCUGGAAGCACAGCGCUUGCGCGGCUCAGAGAUGGAUGUCUUGCUUGUGGCAAAGGAAGAGAAAUUGGCAGAAAAAGAGGCGUACAUUAUCGAUCUGCAGAUGUCUGUAGCAUCAAAUGUCCCGCAUGACAAAGUGGACGUACAGGUCACACCAAAAGACUCCAGUCAUGACCUUCAGAUUUUAAUCCAGAACCUGACCAAAAAGGUUGGAGAAAGCGAAGAGCGAUACAGUCUCCUUCAAGAGCAGACCGAAAGCUUAAAAGCCUUACUAAACAAGGAGAAGAUUGAGUUCCAGGAGAAGGAAGCAAUGUACAUGGAGAAUAUCCGGGUUUAUCAGAACAUGAUUCUGGAGAAAGAGAAGGAUUUGAAGGAGCUGUUGCAGAAACACGACCAAGAGAUCUUUAAACUUGCAGCAAAAUCUGAUGCUAGCGCUGACCUCCAUCAGCUUCUCAAGGCUUUAAAACAAAAGCUUCACGAGGAGGAAGAGGUAUUACUAGGAAAGAACCAAGUGAUUGAUGUCUUACAAAAGGAACUUGAUAGUAAAGAUCAGCAGCUAGAGGAAAUGAAUGAAAAGUGCAGGCGUCACCUGUCUGAGAAAGAGAACUUGCAGUCCAAGCUAGACGCAGAGAAGCAUGUAAUGAGAGCCCAGCUCAGAGACAUGAUGGAGAAGUACGAGGCCGAGCUUUGCACACUCAGUCUCCAGCAUAACUCAGCAUUGCAGUCAAUCCAGGAGAAGCACCAGGGGGAAAUCCAGGAGAAGUUCCAGACUAUACAGCAACUUCAGAGUCAGCUGCAAGGGCUGGCGAGCCCAGGAGAAAUGCCAGCCGGGUCUGCACAGACCACAGACACUGCAAUAUUCAAGUUACAAGGUGAAGUAAAGUUGAAGAAAGAAGAGGCAAGUAAAUCAGAGGCUAAGUUCCUUAAAUUGAAGGCAUGGUCAAAAUCCAGAAUCAGGCAAUUGGAAGAAGAUCUGAAAAUUUCUGAAGGGAAGAAACAGGAGCUGUCACUGUUAAAUAACCGCAUAACGGAGCUGGAAGAAGAGAAGAGAGAAUUGCAGAUGAAACUGGAUUCUGUUGCAGAUUUGCAGUCAAUCAAUGAACAACUCCUGGCCAAACUGGUGGUUUACGAGGAACAACAAAGAAAGCUGCAGGCAGACCUUGAGCAAGUUGCAAAGAGAGCAGAUUCACAGACCAGUGAGUCGGGCAGUGUGGAUGAGCUGCAGAACCAGCUCCUGGAAUGGAAUGAGAUGAGCCCAGAGAGUGACCUGACGUUGGAUCACGAGAGAGAAGAGACGUCUGUGAGAGCCCUGAGGAUGGCUCAGAUAGAAGAGGAAAGAGAAGCCAUGGAUUCAGGGCAGGUGGAACUGGAGGAGGAGCUGAGCGCAGCUCGAGGUGCGGGAAAACUGCAGACGGCCAGGAGGAAAGGCAGCAGGGGAGCCGCUAAGCUGCAGGAUGAAUAUGAUUACAGCAACAAGAGCUUUGAAGAGCAGAAUCUAACUAUGGAGAGCGACCAUUCUGUAGAGGGCGAGAACAUGGGAGGUUGGUGGCCUGAAUACGGUUCUGCUAACUCAGGAUCAGGAUUACGAGCAGUUGUGGAUGACCUGGAGUUGGAAAGGAACCAAUUACAGGAGCAGAUAAUGACCCUUGAAGAGCGAUGCCAGGAGCUAGAGGAGAGGUUACAGCUACAGCUACGCAUUGAGUCCUUGCAGGUAACAUUUGAUGUAGAUGAGGAGACUUCGUCCUUUCCCCAGAGUGACAAUGAGCGUUUGCAGACACAAGUGGCCCAGCUCCGGCAGCAGCAGAGCCAAGACGCUGACAAGCACUACGACCUCAUAUCCACCUUGAACAAUCAACUUAAAAGUUUGACCAACAGAAAUGGCUUUCUUGAAAACGCUGUGGUGGAGAAAGAACAGGCGAUCCUGGACGCUACAGCGCGGCUGGAUCAGCUGGGCACAGCCAGGAGAACGCUACAGGAGAAGGAGGCUUUGAACAAAGAGCUCAUAGAUAAGGUGGAGCAGUAUGAGCAUCAGCUUGAAGAGGUCAGAAGCAAACAGAGGGUGUCAGAGUCUGAAAACGCUGCGUUGAAGCUGUCCAGCGCUGAACUCGCAGAGAAGGUGUCUGUGUUUAAGGAGAGGGUAUUAAUGCAAGAUUCAUCUUUGGAAAAGCUACAUGUUGACCUUGACCAGACAAACGAAGAGCUGGAUCGGCUUAAUACAAGUCAUCUGGAAGAGCGAUCGCAGCUUAUUUAUGACCUACAAAGGUGUGAAAGGGAAAUGGAUGUUCUUAAGGAACUCUUACAGGAAAAGGACAAAGAUAUCUCCUCCCUCUCCGCUAGUCUGACGGAAUAUUCUGAGCAGGUUACGAUCUUGAAAGAGACGGUUGAUUUUAAAGACGAGCAGAUGAGAGAGAUGUCUAAUGCCCUUGUUAGAAUGGAGAGGGAGAGUCACCUCUUGAGGGAAGCACAAACGUUGGAUGUCCAGCAAACCAGUGCUAAAAUGUCAUCUCUGUCUGAGCAAAUCGGUGACAUGGAAUUAGAGCUAAAUACAGCAAAAACUGAUAACGAGAAUAAACUUAAAGAAGCAGCGGAACUAAUUAAGCAGAUCAAUGAAAACGAUGUUUUAACUAAGAACCUCCGUCAAGAGAUCCAGGCGCUGAGUCUUACGCAUAGUAAUCAUGUCAGAGAGUGCUCCGUGCAGGUUGCAUUACUUAAAGAACAGAUAAACGCAUCUGCUGCAACACUUCAGGAGACAGAAAUGAAAUAUGUAAAAGAAGCCAAAGACUUGAGAUUACAAUUAGAGACCGCUCGUGCAGAGAAAGAGAAGCUCACCGUCCUGCUGAAAGAUGACAGCAACAAGCAACAGAUGUUCGAAGACGAGCUAAAAACAGCAAAAGAACAGUACAACAACUUAGUUUCCGGAAUGUCGAAAAAAGAUGUACAAUUAGAAGAGCUAUCGAAUCAUCUGGCUGAGCGCAGCGACCGCUGUGAUACGCUAGACAAAGAGCUGUGCGACAGCAGGGAGGAGCUGGCAUCCCUACGACAGACAUUACAGGCGCUCACAUGGGACAGGGAGGAGCUGGGGAAAACUGUGCAAGAAUAUCAAAAGCAACUUGAUCUGAAAACAGAAAGCAUCAGCAAACUGGCUUCAGAAAACAAAGCGUUUCAAUCCCAAAUCAAACUCCUAGAAAAAUCACUUCAAGACAAAGACACAUAUUUAAAGACGCAGAUAAAUGCUGCUGAGGAAUUUGGGAGAAAAGUAGAGGGCUUGCAGGACCACAAUCAGCAUUUGUGCAUUGAGAAGGAAACUCUAUUAACACAAAUUAGACAGAAAGAAUCGGCGAUCUCUGACAUUACGCAGACCUUGCAAGAUGCCCAGAGAAAAGUGUCGGAAGCGGAAAACCAGUUGUCGUCGGAGAAGAAAUGUAUGUCCAAUCAUUUGCGUGAGCAAGAAGAAAAGCUGCUGGCUGAAAUUGAGCGAAUUUCAACACAGCAUUUGCAAAACGAUAGUAUUUUCACUGCACAAUUAGAGGAGGGGGCUAAAGAGUGCCUCAGCCUAAAAACUGAGCUGCAAGAAGUAACACUUAAAUUACAAACUCAAAUUCAGCUCCUAGAAAAGGAUUUAAAAGAAGCCACAAAGAUCAAUCAAGAGAAAGAUGAUUUACUUAAGGAUAAAAUUGCAGAUUACAACACUGCAUGGAAUGAAUUAAAACAAAACCGAGAGCAAAAUGUACUAAUGCAGAAACAAUUGGAAGAGUUAAGUGAAGCUGUUGAAAGUAAAAAGAAAGCGUUACAGGAGAAGGAUGUUCUCAUAAACAUGCAGAGUGCACAGGUAGAGGAAAUGAGAACCAACUUAGAGAGGAUACAGAGUGAAGAGCGGACUCUUAAGGAGUCCAAUGUAAAAGUGACAGAGCAGGUACAGAGUUUAAAUAUAGCACUCAGCGAGCUACAACAGGAGUUUAACAGCAACAUGGAAGAAAAUACAACACUGAAAGAGAAGCUGGAUGUUCAUAGUAAAGAAACUGAACAGUUGGUAAAGGAAAGAGACUCCGUGUUGCUGUUGGUAUCAAAUCUAGAGACUCAACAUGGCGCACUCCAAACACAAGUGUUGCAGAGUCAGUCGGUGGUAGACUCAUUAAGGCAGCAGUUAAACACAUUACAGAUAGAAAGGGAACAACUGAAUUCCAACAUUCAGCUGCUAAACACUACAUUGUCCAGUAAGUCAGAAGAAAUCAGUGUGCUUAGCUCACAUCUCUCUCAGCAGGGUCAUGCUGUGUUGUCUCUGAAGGACCAGAUUGACACAUUGCAGCUAGACAAUCAGACUCUAAUGUGUAGCUUGGAAGAGAGGGGUGCACUUCUUCUCCAGAAAGAAGAAUUCAUCCAGCAAAUGCAAAAGAAGUUAGAUGGGGAAGGCUACUAUUUACAGACUAUUCUAACACUGCAGAGUGAGUUGCAAAGUUUGGUCUCUGACCGUACUCAGCAGCAGCAAAAAAUGAAAAACCAGGAGCAGGAACUGCAGAAACUGGGUCAGCGGGUGCAAUUAUUGAAAGAUAAGAGUGAGGAAGCCGAGUUACUGAAAACCCAAUUAUCUGAGCACGUGGAGAUCAUUUCUGACCUUCACUGUCAACUCAAAAACUUGAGGGAAAAUGCAGAAGAGCUAAGUGGAGCUUUAACCCGUAAAGAUGAAUGUCUGAAGGAGAAAGUAGACAAUUAUUUACAUCUGAAGGCUCAGUUUUCUGAACUUCAAGACUCCAUGGAAGCACAGAAAAAGCAUGUUGAGGCCUUGAUGCUUGAUAAUGAACAAUAUCACUGUGCUGUGUCAGAAAAAGAUUUGACGAUUAAGAAUUCAUUGUUGAAAAAUGAUGAAUUAAAGGAGCAACUCAGCCAUAAAGAGGGGCAGUGUAUUAUGUUGAUAAAGCAGGUGGCAGAGUUAGAGGAAUUUAAUACAAAACAAAUCAGUGACUUAAAUGAGCUGACCGUUUCCAUAAAAGAUAAGGAAACUUCCUACCUUAGACAGGAGGAAACACUAAAGGCCCAGUUAGAGCAACAGGCAAAAUUAGCUUCUGAUCUUCAGAAAAUAGUGCAUGAGAUUAGUGCUAAAAGUAAAGAAUAUGAGCAAUCCGCUGCGGACAAAGUAAAUACCAUGCAGAAUUUACAGGAGAAAUAUGCUUCCUUGUACGAACAGAAGCAGGUGCUUACAGAGUCCCUCAGCCUAAAGGAAGAGGAGAUAUCUAGACUUCGAAUCUCUGCAAACGAGAAAGAUUCCAAGCUUCAAGUAUUGGAAAGCAGCGUCCAGUCCUUUACUAAUGAGGUUAACCUUCUACGAGAGCAAAUGGACAAAGGAAAUGAGAAUGCCAAAAAUAUAUCUGAAGUUCUGAAACUGAAAGAUGACACCAUGUUUCAACAUCAAAAAGCAGCAGAAGAUUUAAAAGUUGAAUUCGAAACUAUUAGGGCAGAGUACCUAGAAACCAGGACCCAGCUGCAGUCAAUAACUCGGGAAAGGGAGGAGAGUAAAUUGUUAAUCGAAAAUCUCCAGGAACAUUAUUCUUCACAAAACCAGCACAUUGAAAAUCUGAAGCGAAAUAUUGAUAAUUUAAAUUCAAGGCUAUUGCAAGACCAGCAUACGAUUGCGCUCGAGAGAGAGCAGUUUCAGCUGCAAUUGGAGCAUGCGGCUCAAGAAAAAUUGGAUCUAGAGAAAUCGUUACAGAUGUCAGAGAUGGAACGAGAAAACUCCUUUGCUGCGUUGCAAAAGCAGCUGAUGGAAAAAGCUGAAAUUGCAAAAGAACUUGAAGCAAACUUUGAGCAUCAAGUGAAAGAAACGGAAGCCCGCAUCUGUUCCGACACCGAAAACUUGAAACUGUUGAAGGCCGAGAACACUGAUCUUCAGAAGCAGGUUAGUGGACAAACUGAAGAAAUCUUUGCUUUAAAAGUAAAUCUAGAACGCAAUAUUAGUGAACUUCAGCAACAAUCACAAAAAGAGGUUCAAAAAGCAAAUGAGCAGAAUGCAAUACUUAGAGAACAGAACAGCAGAUUAGACCAUGAAAUAAAAGUAAAGGAGAGCACAAUACAUAGUUUACUUAAAGACUUGAAUUUGGUUGAGAGACAAUUAUGUGCUUUGUGUGAUGAGAAUUACUCAGACUAUGAUGCAUUUGACCAAGAGUCUGCUUACAGAAGCAAGUUACAAAAGCUUUCACCGUUGCUGUCGGUAGCUUUGGGCUACAAGACAAAAGUGGCAGAGUUAAAGGAGGCACUUGAGGAAAAAUACAGAGAAAUUAGUCUCCAGUCUCAGUCCAUUCUUUCCUUUGAGAAAGAAAGAGAUAUUCUACAAGAAGAGUUAAAGACACUGAAAGAACAAAAGCUAGGCAAUAAAUAUGUUAUUGAGGAACUUGCAGUUGCAAAAGAGACCUCAUUUAAUCAGCAAAGGCUCUUAGAAGAAAAAGAGAAGCUUUUGAUGCAGAUGAAUGCGCACAAUGAACGAUUGCAGGAAGAAUUAAGAUUGAUUAAGGAAGAUUUGCAGAUAAGUCACAUAACACUGGACGAAGAGAGAACGAAGGUUCUAGAGCUCCAAGACAACUCCAAGAAGAAAGAUUCUCUUCUCCAAGAUCUGAAUGUGCAGCUCAACCAACAGAAGGAACUGAUAUCCACACUCAGUGACCAGGUUAAGGAAAAAGACACUUCGCUGAUGCAGGUCAUGGAAUCUAUGUGGAAUGAAAUGAUAACUUUUUCAGAGGAGAAAAAUAGUUUGCAAUUAGAACUUGAGAAUUUACAAUCUGCCAAAAGUUCUUGUCAGACACAAAUCUCUCAACUGUCGGAGAGACUUGAGGCUUGCGAAAUAAAGUUGCAGCAAUCUGAACAGAUACUAGCUGAUAAAGAGACCUAUUUAAACAAUUUAACCAUUGAAAAGGAACUUCAGCUAGAAAAGUUUAAUAAAGAAAGGGAAAAUUUAAAAAGGAAGCUGCAGGCAGCCUUAGUUAUUCGGAAAGAUUUAAUGCAGAAACUUGAGAAACUAGAGCAGCGUAAACAGGACGAAUUAAGUGGAGAACAGUUGAGAACUUCAGAACUAAGAAAAACCACUGAAGAUUUAAGUAAACGGCUAGAAUCUAUACAGAGGGAAAAUGAAGACCUUAAGUCUUGUUUGCAACAUGCUAAGCAAGAGUUACUAGAGAGAGAAGAAAAAACAAGUGAGCUUUGCACCAUUGUAUCUGAAAAAGACUAUCUUGUGGUGGACCUCCAGGGUAAGGUAACCGAAUUGCAGCAGAGCUUGUCCAAGAAAGACAGUAUGUGUCAGGAUCAUGUAAAAGCCAUUCAAGAGAAAAAUCAGAACCUUUCUCAAAUACAAAGUGCAAUGAAUGAAAAACUGAAGACCAUGGAGCAAGAGAAUUCACAUCUGGUGGAAAAUCUUGAAAAUUUGAAAUGUUUUCUUGAAAAAGUACAGAAGGUAGAAUCUCCAGCAAUGAGUGUACAGACGCACAUCACUAUUGUUAAUCCUGAGUCUAAUCCCGCAGAGGGUUCAUUUUCAUACACGGAAAACUCCGUAGUUCAUAAUAAUGUCCAUGCAUCACUUCUAUGCAGCCAAGGAAAUUUUGAGCACAAAGGAAAACAUGCCAGUCUGUUACAAAGUCUUAGCAGCAGUGUUAAGCAAUUUGAGCUACUGCAGAAAGCACAUCUAGACCUACAACAUUCGUACAAAGCCAAAUGCACUGAAUACGAACAGCAAAAAGAGCAAACACGUGCUUUGCAAGAUCAGAUGAAAGCACAAGAGGAACAGCUGUCCCAGAAGGAUAUGGAACUGGACAGCAAAACAUUUGAAGCAGAAAAGGAGAAACUCAGAAAUGAGGAGUCACAGAAAAUGAAGGAAUAUGAAGAUGUGGUCCUAGAGCUGAAAUCAAGUAUUCAUGAGAAGAAUGCACAGCUGCUGAGGAUAAACUCUGAACACGAGCAGCUGCUGAGUGAAAGGGAGAUAUUAAAAAACAAAAUGCAAAAGCUGCAUAGUGAUAUUCAACAAAAGCAAGACGAAAUAGAUUGCCUGAAGAGUGCUGCAGACUCUAGAUCAACGGAGAUGGUACAAUAUGAAUCUAUGAAAGAAAGUAUGAAAACUGAGCUUAUAGUAUUGCAGAAUGAGUUUGAGGCAUCUAGAAUGGUGAGUGAAGGUAUCCAACAAACCAUUCAACAGAUAACCAAUGAAAAAGAUACACAUUUCAAAGAAUGCCAGAUGAACCAAUUAGAAAUUGCCCAACUGAAACAUAAUCUUGAAUUGACAGUCCAUGAAUUAUUAGAAAAAGAUAAAGAAAUUGUCAUUUUACAAAACUCCCUUCAGAUUAAUAAAAGAUCGUCUGAAAAAGACAUGGAGAAAAUGUCUAGCAAUUUAAAAGGGUACGAAGAAGAAGCGAAUAAACUCCAGGCUAAUUAUAAGCAAGUCAAAGGAGAAUUGGAUGAAUACAUUUCAAAACUGGAAAAGGCAACUGUUGAAAUAUCAGAUUUAAGAACCAAGUUAAAUGACUCCAGGAAAGAAAACGAAAUACCAGUUCAGGCAUGCACAACACUUCUGUCACAAAAUCUAGAUCUUAACCAAGUGGUUCCUGAAACAAAACCAGUUUUGGAUAACCUACAAGGGCUGAAAGAUUGUAUUCCACAAAUAUGUAAAGAUUGCUCUAUAAAACAGAAAGUAAUAGAGGAUCUUGAGUACCAAGUUACAGUUGCCAGCAAGGCAAUGGAAGACCUCAUCCAGGACCACAAGAGAAAAAUUUCAGAAGAGAUCAUCUCUAAAGAUCACAUUCAAAGAAAACUACAGGCAGCUUUAGUCUCACGCAAAGAUUUACUGAAAGAAAACAAAGCACUAAAACAAAACAUAGAGUCUCUAAAUUUGGAAGCAGAUGGGCUAAACCGUUCACUUGCGGAAAUUCAAGAAAAGCAAAUCUCUGAGAUCUCCUUGCUCACUAAUAAAAGUAAAGAUCUCAUCUCUGAAAAUGAAAGACUUUUAUUGGUCAAUGAGAAUCUCUCUGCAGCUUGCGAAAGCCUUAAAUCCACUAUGGAAACAAUUGUCCAGGAAAAAGAAGCUUUUUCCUUCCAGUUGAAUUCUUUGAAGGAUUCCCAGAUGGUGGAGUUGACCGUAUGGAAAGCCAAACAUGGGGAAUUAAAUAAAGAGUAUGAGUCCCUUCUCCAAGCAUAUGAAAACAUAACCGAUGAAAUUGAUAAGAUGAGACGGGUUAUAGAUGCAACCAAAAAAGAAAAGCAUGAUCUUCAAAUGAGAUUCCAUGACCUUCAGUCUGAAAAUCAGGAGUUGGCAAAACAGAUUGAACAGAGCAACGAAGAGAUGGGCAGACUGAGAGUAAUUGUGGACUCCAGAGAGAUUGAAAUACAGAAAUUAAAAUUAGAAGCGGACAGAUUGAUAGGUGAAAUGGAGAAAACCUCUCAUUUCGAUGAAAUGUCUCAACAAAAUCUGCAACUAUCAGAAGAAAACAAAAAUUUAAAAGAGACAUGUGAGAGCUUGAAAUUAGGUCUAGAAUGCAAAGAAAAGGAAAACAAUAGUCUGUUUAUCAUUAAAACUGCCCUGGACAAAUUGCAGUUGGACAUGAAUGUGUACAAAUCUGACAUGGAGAUUCAAAUUUGUGAAAUGACGUCUGAAAAUGAAGUCCUUUCUAAAAAAGUUACCGAGAUGAGCAGUAAGCUUUUGGAGACAGAGCAAAGCUUAGCAGUCAGCGAAGAUGAAAGAUGUAAGCUGCUGGAAAAAUUAAGCUCCUAUGAUGAUUUGGUGAAACAGGAAACAGAUAAUUUACUGAAAUUAGACUGUGAUUUAAAUGAAAUGCAACUGGUAAAAAACAAUCUUGCCAAAAAAGUACAAAAUCUGGAGGAUGACAAGUCGCUUCUGCUAGAACAGUUGGGAAAUCUGCAGGUUCAGUUUUGCAAAGUGAAGAAUGAGAAAGAGAAUUUAGAGAUGGAAUUACUUAAGGCUGUGAAAAACAACAGCCUAUUAUCUGACAAAUUUAAGUCUCUCCAGGAACAGACCCAUGUUCUAAGUCAGCAGGUGGAGUUUCUCAGGGCAGAGAAAAACAAUAUAGUGCAAGAGAAGGAAGAACACCAGCUAAAAGUUCUGCGGAACCUAGAGGACAGAGUGAAAUGUGCUCAAGAUGAUAACAGGGGGACCAAAAGUAAGUCCAAGGAGUUAUGCGAACUUCUUAAAGAGAAGCAGCAGGAGAUUAAUCAGCUGCAUCGGGAUUCAAUACGAUUUCAAGAGCUGAUUUUAGAUCUUGAGGAAGCUAUAAAGGGAUCAAAGAGUCAAAAUGAAAAUCUUCAGAAAGAUUGUGACCAUGUGUCAACUCAGCUGCUUCAAGCAAAAAAUGAUGUAUUGCUCUUGAAUGAGGAACUCACAGAUAAGAAGCAUUUAUUGGAGUGCGCUAAUGAUCAGAUAAUCAGACUUAGAGCAGAGUUUAGAAGUUUGAAAAGUUCUGAGUUUAGGGAAUCCAGUGUGAAAGAGAUGACUGAGAAACAAGCAGAUCUAGUAGGCAAGAAGCACAUGUUACUGUUGACCACAGGGUCUGGCCAGAUCCCACUUUCUGUUGAGUGUCACAAAAGAAAUAAGCCCUCAGAAGACUUGGGUGCAACAAAAGGCAACUGUGAUGUUGAUAGAAACAAACUCGAUGAACUGCAAACCGUUAUUCAGUCUAAAGAAAAGGUUCUAAAAAAGAUGGAAUCAGAAAAGAUGUCUACUCAACAGCUUUCUAGACAUCCAAACGAUGAUGAAUUGAAGGCCUUAUGGGAUAUUCUAACAAAAAGAGAACAGGAACUUCAACAGCUUACAUUAGAGAAUGAGAAAAUUAGGGGAGAUGUACAGAAACAAAUUAAAAUUUCUCAGCAUAUGAAACAAAUAAUCGAUAACAAGGAUAAAGAGAUAUCCUUGUUAAUUUCUUCCAAAGACGGAGAUUUAUCCAGUUACUUAGAACAAAUACAAAGCCAGUAUCGGAAACAAGCAGCAGUUUAUGAGCACCGUCUGUCCCUUAUCCAAGAUGAAAAGGAUAAGUCUGAUUUGGAACGUAAAAGGGUAGAAAAGGAAUUGCAAAGUCUUCAAGGGAAGUAUGAAAAGGCAAUCUAUGACAAGGCUUUGGUAUCGAGCGAAAUUGAGGCCUUUAGGAAAUCAAUGUCUUCACUUCAAACUAAUCGGGACCAGCUGUCUUCAGAACUACAGAGCACGCAUCAGCGUAACGAGACUGUCCUGAACCAGAAAGACAACAUCAUCAUCUCCACUUGCAGUGAAAACAGUGCCCUGAAACAGGAACUCAAGAGUGUUAUAAAUCAGGUUGAUGACCUUAAUGCUGAAAAUGCCAUGUUGGGGGCACAGCUCAUUCGCUACAGAGAAGAUCUUAAUCAAGUGCUCUCCCUGAAAGACCACCAGUUGAAAGAACUCCUAAGGCAGAAAUUAGACCACAUCAAGAAUCUCGAGCAAGAAAAAUGUGACCUCCAGAAGCAAAUUAGGGAGAUGCAAAAUGCAAAUGUAACACUACAAAAGUCUGCUGAGACUGUAGAGUUGGAAAAUCAGAAAUUGAUUUCAAAAGUUAAAGAUCAGGAAAUUCUCAUUGCUGCUAUCAACAAAGAGAAAAUACUUGUUAAAUCCAGAAAGACAAGCGAUUCUAAAAAUCCUUCUGUUUACCAAUUGAAAGACUUUGAGGAGAGAUAUGGCCAGGAUUUGCCAACUGUUGAAAUAAAUGCCGUUUCUUUGGGUAUUGAAAGCAACAAAUCAGCAGAAGAGACUGAUAAGACAUACUGGGACCUUCUUCUUGAGAAUAAACAGCUUAAAACUCAGAAUGAGUCUUUUGGCAAAGCCAUGGCUGCCCUUCAGAAUAAUAGAGACUCUUUGAUAGACGAUUUUAAAGAGCUUCAAUGGAAGUAUGCUUCCGAGCUGAAAACCGAAAAGAUCAAAGGAGAAGACCUUGAGAGACAAUUGUCCGAUUUUAAGUCCCAACUUUGCAGCAUUCUGAAAAAGAACUCUCUCCUCGAUGACAAGCUGCUUGCCAUUGAAUACAAGAUAACACUGGACGAGCUAAUGGCUGAGAUAGAUUCUUUGUGUAAUAUAUUAGCAAGCAAAGGCUUGGAGGUCACCAGGCUGACUUCUGAGUGUGCUGCUUACACUCAACAGAUUGAUGCCUUCGCCAAGGCCAUGGCAAGCCUGCAACAUGAUCGGGAGCAAUUGCUCCACCUGCUUAAAGAAGGAUCUUUAGCGCGAGAGCCUAAGCAAGAUGCCUCCACAGUUAAAAUGCCUCAAGAGGUCAAAGAGUCUGAAUACCUUACCAUGAGUUUCUCACAGCCUGAUAAGGAAACUCAGGUAACAGAGUUGAUUAACAGUUCGGCAGCAGAGUCCAUACAAUUAAGGACAAGGGUGCAGGAGUUGGAGAGGCUGCUACAAGAGGCCGAAGUCUUACAGGGGAACUUAGAGAGGAAAGUUGCAGACUACCAGAGUGAGCUGGCUGAGCUGAGAUCUGAAAGAAAUGGUCUUGAUUCGGAAACACAAUUUCACCACCAUCAGAUCAGUAGGACCCUAACUGAGAAAGACCGGCAGAUUGCAGAACUCGGCAGCACUUUAUAUGGAGAGAAGGGUGUGGACAGAAUGGCGUUAGUGGGAAAUCCCUCGGCCACAGAAAAAGGGAAUAUGGUUUUGGAGGACAAAGAGCCAACAAAGGAAGAACUACAAAGAUACAUUCAAGAAAUAUAUCAGAGAGACCUGAUAAUCCAGCAGACCAAUGUCACGGCCAUGGAAACUGUGAAGAUGAAUGAUGUACUGUCUGCAGAGCUGAAGAACGUGUCACGGGGGCUGAUUGAUGCUCAGAUGAAGUACACUGACUUGCAGAAUCAGUAUUACCAACUACAGAGGGAACUCCAAACCACACAAGGCACAAACCGGAAUAACAUCCAGACUGAGGUACCCCCAGGAGCUCCCCAGGAGAGGGCAAAUGUCCUUGUGGAAAUAGACAAUGCAGAGCUGGCUGACCUGAGGAGAAGACUUGCAGAGGCUCAUCUCCAUCACGAAGCUACACAAAAGGAGAUCUCCCAAUUAUCGGAGAGGCUAGCUGAGGAAAGAGCCAGGAGGAUGGAGGCAGAGGAGACGCUAAACCUCACAGAGAUCCAGAAUAAAAGGCUGGAAACAAAAUCGUCUUCCAGAGACUACGAGUUCUCUCUCCAGAUGGAAUCAGACGAUGAACGGGAAGCCCUAAUUAUCGAUCCUACUCAGAAUAUUGUGAUGCAGAAAGUCAAGGGUGGAACCCUUUCCUUCCGGAGGUGGCUGCGCGGUCGGAGCCUGUAUUGCUCGAAGCUACUGACCUCCAAAUCGAAAACGCGCUACCUGUUCCUCACCUACCUGCUGGGAGUACACAUUCUUAUACUUAUGUGCCUGACGGGAGGGAUCUAGCACUGAAGAGUACAUAUACUGUAGCGGCUUCUCUUAUUGUCUACUCGUCUCUAUCCAUACUCGCCAGUAUUAGGCAUCUGGAAGACACAGGAGGACAACAUGGAGUAAUGUGACACUACUGACUCAUACAGACUGGGCGAGAAGCAGAGAAGAAGGGCAUGCUGGGACAUUGCAUAGAAUACCUACUCCAAUAACCAUAGACCCUUCUAGAUAAUCGCUCCAUUAACUGCAUUGCUCACCCUGCGUAUAUUGCUGCUGUUACGCCUCACACGUGUAUGUGUGUGUAUAUAUAUAUAUAUAUAUAUAUAUAUAUAUAUAUUUCUCACUGCUGUGUGUAAGCUAUACUGUAUAUUUUGAUUGACCUACAAAAGAUGAUAUAUUAUAUUUGCUAAAAGAAAAAUGGUUCUCAUUGUAUAUAAUUUGCUGCUUCCAAAUGAUCUACUGAUAAUUAAGACUUGAAUUGGUGUAAACGGAGUUUCUUUUCUAUAAAUAUAUUUUAUCAGUUUGAAUCCGAGUGUUUGGGACUGUUCUCAGCUUUUCGCUGUGUGCGGCCGUUUCAAGUGCAAUAAAUGAACACGAUACUGAUUUAUUGAGUUAAAAACAA